CAGUCCGUCUCCUCCUCCUCUCCAGCCAUAUAAACAAAACCGUUACAUUUUUACUGUUGAUAUUUUUUCCAUUUCCUGGAUUCGCCAAGUCCGUUGGAGUUCCACCCAGGCGCGCAGGGGGAGAGAUGGCACACAGUGAGAACCAACAGUCGUCCUUUUCUGAUAUAAUAGAAUUAAACGUCGGCGGGCAAGUGUAUGUAACUCGACAUGCAACUUUAGUCUCCGUCCCAAACUCUCUCCUGUGGACUAUGUUCGCACAGAAGAGCCCUACAGAACUACCGAAAGACAGCAAAGGACGCUACUUCUUUGACCGGGAUGGAUUUCUGUUCAGGUAUAUUCUGGAUUAUCUGCGGGAAAGGGACAUCGUUCUACCGGACUUCUUUAAGGAGAGGGGUCGGUUACAGAAGGAGGCAGAGUUCUUCCAGCUGCACGAGCUCGCACAGCGCCUCAGACCGGCAGUGAGUAAAGAUAACUCUCUCGGGGAAGAGUUGUGCGCCCAUGGAGACCCGGAAGAGGCUUCUCUCGCCUGCGCUCUGGGUAGUAGCAGCAUCGCCACGACCGCGGUGAGCAGCCCGACUCCGAGCCUCCGCUCCCCGUUCCAGAAGCAUGGCUAUAUUACCAUUGGUUACCGGGGCUCCUACACCAUCGGGAGGGAUAUUCAAACGGACGCCAAGUUCAGGCGUGUGGCCAGAAUAACGGUUUGCGGAAAGACGUCCCUGGCCAAAGAAGUUUUCGGUGAGACUCUGAAUGAGAGCAGAGACCCGGACAAACCACCUGAGAGGUACACCUCCCGGUACUAUUUGAAGUAUAACUUUCUCGAGCAGGCGUUCGACAGGCUCGCGGAGGUCGGGUUCCGCAUGGUGGCUUGCAGCUCCACGGGCACGUGCGCGUACGCGAGCAGCGACCCGAACGAGGACAAAAUCUGGACCAGCUACACCGAAUACGUGUUCUCCCGGGACUGAACAACCCUUUACACCGGGCCGUUAGGUAGCUUUACCUGUGGGUACUGGGACAGUGACGUCGCGUGAUGCUCACUUGUACGGUAGAGAGACUACCUGCAGAAAUGUGAAAACUCCUAUAUCUUCUCUAUAUGUCCCAUCUGAUUAUGGGAAAGGUUAAAGGUUACUGAGGAUUAUUCUGAAAGUAUGGACAUAUUGGUUGUUGCUUUGCCCAGGCCUAUAUAAGGCUAAUAAUGGAGGUAUGUUUCAUGUUGCAGACCAGUCUAUAUUAUACACACACACACACACACACACACACACACACACACACACACACACACACACACACACACACACCACACACACACACACACACACACACACACACACAAACAUUAACACACACACAUAAACCACACAAACACACACACACCACACAAACAUUAACACACACACACAAACCACACAAACACACACACACACACACACACAAACACACACACACACACACACACACACACACACACACACACACACACACACACACACACACACACACACACACACACACACACACACACACACACACACACACACACACACACUCAGAUUGGGGAUGCUACUUAGGCAGCCCGUUUCCCCACCUUAAGUUGUGGGAUCUUAACCCUGCAGAACGUUACGUUUGGAUUUGUGUUUUGUUGCAAUUCAGUAUUAAAAAUCAUGAACACUU